AUGAAGAGAACAACGCUCCGACUGCUGCCACAACGCACGCAGCUGCCCGGCGGAAGUCGAAGACUGGGGGCGUGGGGCAUAGGCGCCGGUGUGCACAGCGUGCGACCACAGCGACCACCCCGGUCACCGACAACAACUCUCCGAAGUGGGUACGGUGCUUUGCGACCCACCCGGCGCUUCGUGGGCACAAAGUACUCGCAAGAGGGGGCUGGCGCCGCCACCCCCCAGGCUCCUCCGCCGACCGGUUGGCAGCUGCACCGAACCGGUGGUCUCAUCGGCUCGGCCAUGGGCUUCUUCGGCGGGCUAGUGGGCCAAGGCGGCGGGGUGGUGGGGAUUCCGCUGAUGACGUCGCUGGGCCGACUCACGCAGCACCAGGCGCACGGCACAAGCCUGGUGGCGGUGGCGUCGACCGGGCUCGCCGGCGCGCUGGCCUACUGGCAAGCGGGCGGGGCUGAGGAGGGCGUCGACACCCUGGCUGCGCUCAUGCUCGCCGGCAGCGCCUCCCUGUUCGCAGGCGUCGGCGCCAGGCUCUCCAGGCGCGUCUCGUCGCCCAACCUCAAGAAGUACAUGGGCGCGUUCAUGGUGGCGGCCUCGGUGUCGGUCGCGGUGAAGGCCUACAGCGACUACCCCGACCACAGGGGAUCCCUCACAUCGACGGUUGCGAGCGCAGCGUCCGCUACCACCGUGGCCAGCCCCGUCCUCAGCAUGAGCGACAAGGCGGCGCUGCUCACGCCAGCCCAUAUCGCCACCAUCGGGGCCAUCGGCGCGGUCACCGGCUUCGCCUCGGGCUUCCUGGGCAUCGGCGGAGGCUUGGUGAUGGUGCCUCUACUGACCCUGUGUACCAGCAUGCACCAGUCCCAAGUGCUGGGCACCAGCCUUCUCGCCAUGGUGAUACCGGCGGCGGUAGGCAGUUGGACGCACUUGCGCCUGGGCAACGUAUUCGUGCCGAUAGUGCCUUCCAUGGUGGCGGGCACGCUCGUCGGUGGCUACCUCGGCGGCAAGCUUUCGACCAACCUCACCCAGACCCAGCAGCGCGCCAUCGUCUCCAUCACUAUCUUCACCCUGGCCCUACGCAUGCUGCGGAAGUAG